UAUUAAUGAGACAGUAAAUAUUAACACCUCCUCAACCACCUAAAUAAUAUAUCAUUCCAUAAUAAAGACCCACUUACUAUUAACCGCCAUAUUAACCUACAACUUAUAGAAGAACUUAACCUGCUUUCGUUCUUUAUAAAUAACCCUAAACUCAAUAAUACUAAUAUUAAUAUCAAUCAUCAUUUCAAGUCAGAUAAUCCUAACCUGUAUGUACUGUUCACUCCUAACAAAUUUACUAACCUAGUCCUGUUAGAUAACAGAGAAAUUCAAUCCAUUAAUAACCCAUCUAAAUUGUCAAUUCAAUCAAUCCUUAAUAUUCUAACAAUUACAGAUAGAUAUUUCCAAGUAAUUCAUAACAAUAAUAAACUCAACCCUAAACUGCUCCCAGAUACUCAGUUUAAAAACCUUAAACCUUUACACUUCCAAAUCCACCUCCAUAAUAAAUUUUCCCUCAAUAAAACUAUCAACAUCCAUAAAAAUAAUAACUUCAAUAGUAAACACCAUAAAUUAAAACCACUUCUCCAGUAAUUGCUUAAUAAGAAGAUGAAUUAGAAAAGAGAUUCUAAGAUGCUAUUGAUAGAACAAGAGAUUUGGUUCAAAAAUAUAAUCCUGCAGAUUAAAACAAAUAACAACAAUAACAAUAAUAAUAAUAAUAUUAAUAAUAAUAAUAAUAAUAAUUAACAUAACUAGCAUUAUAAUAUGAAGAUGGAUUUAUUUAUAGAGGAUAAGGUUACGAGCCUGCUGUGAGAGAAGGUUUUGGUGUUCUUACAGAUCAAUAUGAUAAUGAAGUAUUUAGUGGAUAUUGGAAAGAUAAUCAAUAUCAUGGCCAAGGAAAACUUAUCAACUUUUAAGUAGAUCAAAUAGAAGGACCAUAUGAUUACAGAGAUUUAGGUAAUAUUGAGAAUGGAUGGAUGAGUUACGAAGGUUUUAUUUUAUAUUUAAUUUAGGUGAUUUUUAUGAAGGUAAAAUGCAUGGAAAAGGAGUCCUCGUUUUAACUAAUGGAGAAUAAUUUGAAGGAGAAUUUAAUGAUGGUAUGAUUGAUGGUUAAGGAAUAUAUUCCACUUCUGAUAGGCAUGAUAUUAGAGGAGUUUGGAAAGAUGGAAUUUUAGUAGAAUGAUUCUAAUUUUUAUUUAUAAGUACAUAUUUUGAGG